AUGGCUGACCUUCUAAUGGGGCUUUUUUUCCAAGUUCCACUCUUCGUUGCCAUUUUCAGAUCCGCCCGGUUUUACGAGACGUCUUUAGUUAAGAAAACAACUGUGUUUAUAGUUUAUACUCUUAUUUUGGUGACGACUUACGUAAACAUUAGUACUCUCUGCUUGAUAACACUAGAUCGAUACAUUGCAAUCAAGUAUUCGCUAAAGUAUCUUUCUAUUGUUACCAUCAAACGUGUAAAGAUCGCCAUUGCUGGCUCGUGGGUGACAGGAAUUGCUGUUGGGACUGCAGCUGCGUUUCUAUUUCCCCUCGAAGAUGGACCUAGAAUCAUUCCACAGGCGAUUCUCUUGUUCGGUGGGGUUUUCAUCGCUAUUACGUACGUAAAAAUCUACAAAAUAUCAAGGGGUCACAGCAAGAAAAUCAUCGCGCAGCAUUUGGCUGUGCAUCCAAGUGCGAACCAUAUUCCAAGCUUUCGCCGUGGGAUUAAAACGGUUGCUAUUAUAAUGAUUUCCCUCUUCGUCAGCUACCUUCCCAUGACAGUUGCUKCUGCGGAGAGGUUUUAUAUCUCGGAUGUCAGCGAAUCACAUUUGAAUGCUCGUGAAGCAGCCCGAGUUAUGUCUUUAUUGCUGUUUCUAUCAAAGUCUGCAGGAAACCCGAUGUUGUACUUUUUCAGAAAUGAGACUGCUAGAAAGUACGCUUUUAAAAUUUGCAAAGCUGCCAAGGAAAAGAUUAUUUCUAUGCUAGAGACUGGAUAUUAA